AAUAACCGUCAAGAGUAGUGUUACAGAUUUUAAUGAAUGAUAACGAUAUAGUGUCAAGAUCAGUCCCGUGUUUGCCAUUUUUUAAAAACCCCGAGUACCGGUACGUUCGCUUUAAUCAAGCUGAGGGUGAUUCUGGUUCGUUUCCGUAUGCGCAAGCUUUGGUACGGGGAAACAACGAAGGCAUUUAUCCAUGACCCCAAAUCUUCAAGUGCUGCGCGAGUCUUAUAAACAGGGAUAAUGGCUUCGAAACUGCUAGGUCUGUGUUCGGUGAUUCUGGCUGCGAUAGUGGUCAGCGCGGAGACUGAAUACGGCUCACGAUACAAAAACAGCAUAGUAGAGUUGAAUUUUCUUCAAGAAAAGACCUAUCCAAAUCUUACAAGCAUCAUUAAAGCAGGAGGAUAUCGUGCCAUGGGAGAAUGUCGAAAGUUAUUCAAGAACGAGAUUUGGAAUUGUACCAUUGAUAACAGACACAUGAUUAAGGAGUUACCCAGUUUUGUUAAACCAACCGUUCCUUAUGCUACACGGGAGAUUGCAUUCAUCAUCUCCAUCAGUACAGCCGCUGUUAUAAAUGAGGUCGCCCAACAGUGCCAACGUAGCAGAAUACCCGGAUGUAGCUGCGAUCUGAAGAAAGAAGAUAAUGGAAACGAAGACUUUCAAUGGGGCGGUUGUGGUGACAACGUCAAGUUCGGAGAGAAGGAGGCAAGGCGUUUCAUUAACGUCUUCAUGAAUGGAAACAAUGCUCGGAAAGCUUUUCACUUCCACAACUCUGAAGUCGGAAGAAAGGUUGUUCGAUUGAGUCGAAAGAAAGUGUGUAAAUGCAACGGACUUUCAGGAAGUUGUACCGCAAAGAUUUGUUGGAGGCAAAUGGAGCCAUUUGAGGUCAUUGGGAAGAAGUUGAAAUUAAAAUACAAAAGUGCUUUGAGAGUGUGGUACGCGAAUAAUAAGCUUCACGAGCGAGGCAAAAACAAAUUGACAGCGGAGAAGAGAGAGAAAAAACUUGUCUACCUCGACCCUUCGCCGGAUUACUGCGUAUUUAACAAAACGCUGGGCUCCCCUGGAAUGUUGGGAAGAACAUGUCGGAGUGAUGAAGGCACCACCGUGAAAAAGUGUCGCUCUCUUUGUAACGCUUGCAAAUUGAAACACCAUACAGUCCAGGUGGUUAAGGAAGAUAAAUGCCGCUGCAGGUUUGUGUGGUGUUGCAACGUGGAAUGCGAUACUUGCACAAGCAAAUAUCAUGCAACCACCUGUGUUGCGUAAGACGGAAAUGUAUUGUCUGUUAUGUUAAACAUCAUGAAACGUUUCUCGACGUGACGAGAUGCAAGGACUGAACAAUGGCUGGAAUUGAGAGAGUCACUUUGGGAAAAGGAAAAAUAAAUAAACGAAACUGCAUAUAUUAUUAAAAAUACCUUGGAUCUCAUGCGUUCAAGUAGCAACUGCAAGAAAAGUAAAGGCCUAACCCGUAUACAUUACUUUAAGACUGCUACUCAUAUAAAUAUAUCACUAAUUUCCUCUUAUAUUGCUUUUCUUAACAGUACUAGUAUUUUUGGUUAAAAAUUGGGAGUUGAAACAUUUCGGGAUAAUAUUUGCUAUGCGAAAAGUCGUGUUAUAUCUUCGCUCCAUUCAUUAGGCCUAGUUAGUCUUUAGAACCCAUUUCCAGAUGUCCCUUUCUGGGAAAAGUGACGUUAUUAGUGAUCGAGCUCUUCUACGUAUCAUGUAACACUUAUUUCUAGGCUCCAUAGCCUGUGAGCAGGUCCUCAUCAUCAGCACUUGGGAACGAGCCUUGAAGUGUGAGGCCUUGAGAAAUGUGAGCCGGUGAAAGGACUGCAAGGGGGUCUGGCACUGAUAAUUGUUAGUGCCAGGCUCUAGAAAACCACUCCCCGACUCGUCUCAAAUCUUCCCGCGGGCGGAGAGACGCGUGUUCUGUGGCGCCACUGAUAAUGAUGGCCUACACGCAGACUAGAGGCUCCAUAUUGUUUCUAACAAGAACAAUAGACACAUGUACAGUUAGGAAAGAGGUAUUAGAAAGUGUGAAGCAUUGUUGGGCGUGAUUGAGAAGAGAUGGGUUUUUGGUGUUGCCAAGAAUGAAUAUUUCAGAAACAUCGCUGGUGGUGGGCGGAAAGAACAGAAGCAUUUCAUAAAACAAUGAAAUAGCCAGCGUUAUUUGUAUGAGAGGUCGCACCGAAGUGGGUGGGCUAUGGCUAUUUCAUUCCCAACAUUUCUUUUUGAAGUUUGAAUCAACUCAUCUGCUAUUUUGGAGCGAACGCGAAAUGUAGACGUUAAUUUGAAAAAACAACAACCGUAGCAACAAAAGGCGGAUGAUGAAAUAAAAAAGGUUUGCGGCUCAGCACAGUACGAUGGCUCAUCUGACAUCUCCUAAAAGCUUAUAUUGUACUUAGUAUACGUAAUCGCAUAUUUGCUCGAAAAAAUAAGGUUGCGAGUUUCAGAAGAUGUGAAAAUUGACAGAGUCACACCUUUAAGAACCAAUAAAAUUCAAAUGAAUUUGCCAAAACUUCAUUAAAGAUACCUUCUCUCUGA